UUUAUACCGCACAACACCCUUUGGUGGAAGGGUCCAAGUGUAUCAACGUAAGACAGAAACAUGAAGACAAUCAUCUCAUUGGUGAUGUUGACGUGCGUGAUGUGGCAGACGAUGGCGUUUCCUGGUUAUUAUCCGUAUUAUGGAUCUGAUAUGGAUUCCCUUUCAUUCGGUUCGAGCGACAACACUCGCGGCGGAAUGGUACUAAGUCGUUACUACAACCCAUACUACAACCCUCGUGCAGUCGGUGGUGGUAUGGCCGCAUUUAUGUUCAGACAACCUGAAGGGAAAUUCCAACAAGCGCCUUCUAGCCAAUACUAUUAUCCUGAUAGGCGUCGUCAAACUCAACCAGAAAUAAACUACGCUCCACCUCAACAGAACGAAGUGUAUUCUUUUCCGCAAUCACCAGAAAAACCUACUGUAACUGAGGCUACAGAUAUUGCUGAUCCAACUGAAAGAACGGAAAUCUUUCCAACUACAUCCAGAGCAACAGCCACGCCCGAAUUUACUGAGCCCGAAAUAGAAGAGGUCGAAGAGCCAGUUAAAAAGACUAGGAAAAGAGUGUCAAAGAAAAAAGAAGUAAAGAAACCUAUUGACGAUGAUGACGAAGAUGAUUAUGCACCGAGGUUGCCUGCUUCAGCAUUAUUCCCAAUGUUCUUUGGCUAUGGUGGAAGAUCUUCCGGUGGAGCGCCAGGAGGGGCCACAGCUAUCGCAAACGCUUACAGCACUGGUCGUGGUGGAGUUGCUACCAGUCACGCUACAGCGUAUGGAAUCCCAACAAGGCCAGAUCAAAAAUUACAACCUUAGAUAUAAUUAAUUACCUGUUCUCUACAUAUAAUUUUAAUCGAAUCCUUAGGUUCGCUUUGAGUGUA